AUCUGAUAAAAGGCCAUCGCGGACAGACUCAAUCAGUGUAAAUUCGUCAGUGACUCCCGCUUCAUCAUGAUUAAGCUGUUGGUUAUAUCGGCGUGUUUGUGCGUCGCCUACGCGGCUGUCGGCAUCGGCCCGUUGGAACCCAAACCUGAAAAAUUCAAAGACCAAGAAGGAUGUUAUGUAUCUGACUUAGACGAAGUGAUCCCAUUUGGUCAGGCGAAGCCAGCUAAGUCAUCUUGCAUGGAAUACAGAUGUCGCUCGAAUUCGAUAACGUAUGUCACAUGCGGCGCUACAGAUGCCGUGCCUCCUUGCAAAUUGGUAGAAGAUAAAGGGAAACCGUACCCGGAUUGCUGUAAAAAAAUAUGGUGCCCUUAAAUUACACAAUUUCUUUUCGUUUUUAAAUUCAUAAUACAAGUAAUAAAAACUUUUUUACUAAUAAACUAAUCUGCACAUUUUGAAUUUAGAAUUUAUAUUCUUAUGAACCAGCAAAACGAAAUAACAUUUUUGUCUAUUCUUGGCGUUCUUGUGUAUCUUUUAUUCAAUUUAAAAUAAAAUUAUAAUUUGAAGUGACA